AUGGACUCCAAAUCCGUAACACAACCGUGGUUCUUCCGGAUUUGGUCGACCAGCUUGGGCAUUCGUAUCACCGGCCAGGAUUGUUUGCCGACCGGAGCACUCGUGACAGAUCCUGAUAAAACUCGUCCUUCUCAAUUUCAGAACUGUAGUCUGUUCGGGCAACCCUGGACGGUGAACGUGGAACCACCUACGGCCUCAAAUGUUCACGACUGCAUAUGUUCCCUCAAGCGCCACCGAGCUCCCGGUCCGGAUGACCUUCCACCCGCACUGUUCAGAGACGGGGGUGAAGUCCUCAGUCAGCGCUUGUCCGAUCUGUUUGCUUGCAUUUGGGAAAAAGAGUCUAUCCCAGACAACUGGGGAGAAUCGGUGAUACUGCCCGUUUUCAAAAAAGGGACGCGUAGUGAUUGUGGUAACCACAGGGGGAUCAGCCUGACUCCGGUUGUAACGAGACUGUUAGCGUCAAUUGUGCUCCGUCGCCUUACGGUGGCUCGUGAGAUACUGACCCGAGAGCAGCAAGCGGGAUUCAGCUGUGGUUAUUCGCGUUUAAUGUCGAGCAUAUUCAAGCCAUACCGGGUUCUCGGAUUAUGUACUUCAGAGGUGCCAUUCGUCGUUCGGUUUUUGCCUCAUUCAAACGUAUGUCAUGUCGUGGUUCCAAUCGGUGAUAGUUUCAAUGUAUACAAGCUUCCUAGAUUGACCCUAGUUGCGAUAAGUGACCCUGUUUCUGCACCUAUUACUGCCUUUACUGCUUCCGGGAGAUUUGUUUUUGCUGCUGCCGGGGGCGUAAUUUACCUUUAUCGUAAUGGGCGGUACCUGGCCCAUGAAUUUCGUGGUCACCAACAUAAGAUAACGAAGCUACUCGCAUUCAACAGUUCAUUACUAGCCUCCGUGGACGAAACCUGUCUAUUGAAAGUCUGGAAUAUACAAACUCUAGAAGCUGUAUUCUCUGAACAGUUUUCUCCUGACUCAUUCACUAUUACGGCGCUGGCAUGUCCGCUUGGUUAUAGGAACAAACUGCUUUUUGGAAGUGCACAAGGACCGUUACAAUUGUGGAAUGUGGUGUCUUCCAAGCAGUUGUACUGGUUCAAAGGAUUUGGUGCAGCUGUUGCGUGUAUUGAACCGGCUCCCGCUUUGGAUGUUUGCGCAAUCGGCCUAGGUGAUGGUCACAUAUAUUUACACAAUAUUAAGUAUGAUAUCAGCUUACUGAAGUUUGUACAGGAUGGCGGUGCAGUGACAUCAAUCAUCUUUCGAAGUGACAGUCUUGAAAAUACUGAACUAGACUCCUAUCUCUCCUUCCUCGCAGACGGAAACCAGGAUCUGUUCAUGGUUACCGGUUCUACCAGUGGUCAGGUUAAUUGUUGGCAGUUGAAGGACAAGGGUGAGAGCCGUCCGGUUGGUGCGACGCAGACACUUCACUGGGAUCGUAUUGUGAGCAUGUUUUACCUCACCAAUGGAGAUGCAGCCGGUGCUAUGGUCACAAGUGGCGCAGAUAACUGCAUAAAAGUCUCUUACUUCGAUCGUCCGGAUGGGGGUCCGAGAACGGUGUAUAAACGCUCUGGCCAUUUCCGACCCCCUAACCGGGUGGCGUUCUGGCCUGGUGGAUCCGCUGGUGGCUCCCUUUUAUUGAGCGCUGGUCAGGAUAGCAUGUUACGUAUUUUCUCUACAUUCAACGAACACUUGGAUAAGAGCCUCGGACGUGCAUACGCUCCUGGCGUGCCUGAUCGUCGCAAAAGCAAAGCGGAGGACCGCCUGACAUGGCUGUUACCUGCCAUCAGCCAGGUAUCCAUUUGUGCCGCUCGCGCAGAAGACUGGGAUAGUGUCGUUGCGAUUCAUGCGGGCAGGCGACAAGCAACUACUUGGAAUUUUGUCAAUUCCACUCGUGGCAAACAUUGGUUGGAUCCAGGAAAGUUCAGCGGAAAAGGUGGUGAAGCCGUGCGCCUUUACAAACACACAGUCGCCACUCCCGUAGUAGCACCCAUUCGUGUUAUAUCCCCUCCUCCGGUGACAAAUGAGCUGCUUAUGAGGUAUUUAUUUUACCUUCCUGUCAGUAUUUUCUCUACAUUCAACGAACACUUGGAUAAGAGCCUCGGACGUGCAUACGCUCCUGGCGUGCCUGAUCGUCGCAAAAGCAAAGCGGAGGACCGCCUGACAUGGCUGUUACCUGCCAUCAGCCAGGUAUCCAUUUGUGCCGCUCGCGCAGAAGACUGGGAUAGUGUCGUUGCGAUUCAUGCGGGCAGGCGACAAGCAACUACUUGGAAUUUUGUCAAUUCCACUCGUGGCAAACAUUGGUUGGAUCCAGGAAAGUUCAGCGGAAAAGGUGGUGAAGCCGUGCGCCUUUACAAACACACAGUCGCCACUUCCGUGUUUAUCACCAAUUGUGGCAACUACGUACUGCUUGGCUACUCUUCUGGUGAUGUGUUCAAAUUCAAUCUUCAAUCUGGCUUGGAACGCGGAUCUUACGGAGAACCUACUGCCCACACUAGUGCGGUUGUCGGAAUAUCUGUCAACAACGUGAACCGACAAACGGUGACAGUCGGUGGCACGGAGGUUCGUUUCUGGUCUUUUCACAAGCACGAUUUGCUGGCUUCGAUCGAUUUGUCUUCCUCCGCGUUGUUUUCCCGCUUUAACAGUGACACUGAUACUUUGGCCAUUCCAUUGACCACCGGACCCAUCGUUCUACUGGAUGCCACGCGUCGUCGAGUUAUUAGACGUUUCGUGAAUUCUGAAUAUCAGUCUUGUGUUGAUUUGUCCCCGUGUAUUGUUGUUCCCCUUGAAUGUCGAGCCGAGUUGAGUCGAUUCAAACGGAGGGCGAUUUCCACCGAUGGUCGCUGGCUCAUCUCUGCUCACCAUGGCGAUCCACUGAUCAAAACAUGGGAUAUCGUCCACGGAAGAUUAAUUGACUGCUUUCGAGUUAGUACGCCUAUUACUUCGUUGGCCGUUUCACCAGCAAACGAUUUUAUAGCCACUACUCACGCGAAUUCCUUGGGAGUGCAUCUAUGGGACAAUUCUGGCACGUAUCAACGUCUGCACUUACAUCCCCUACCAGACGACUACGUUCCUCCUUCGGACCGGAAACCAGUCGCCAUUCCUUCAAGAUCCCUUAUCGCACACUUCAACGAGGAUUCCGAACACGGUUUAAAAUCCAUCAAGUUGGGCUUACGUGCAGCUAGUGAUUCAGCGCAUUCGGAUGGGGAUGCUUACGAUGAGUGCUCCGAAUCUAAUGAUGAGGACGUGGAUAUGGAUAAGGAGCCACUGUCGAACACACCGCUAUGGCGCGACUACGUCUCUCCAGAACAGUUACCAGAUAAACUUGCCACUCUAUCUGGUCUGUCCAGUACCUACUUGUCCAGCUUCCUCCAGCUGGACCUUAUACGUGAACGGAAUCGUAAAGUAACCACACCUGUUUCUGCUGAAAGGAAUUCGGGACCCAGUCUCCCCUUCUUCCUACCACUUGUUGAGACAGCUAAAGGGUUGGCCUGGGUUGACGCGGACACUCCUCAGGAUGAUCCAAUGCUGGGUGGUGCUGAAAGUUCAUCAAGACAGUCUCUGAAACGACACGCAAUUUGGAGUGAUGAAAGCCUUACUGGAUUGGAACCUGUACCGGGGCUGGCUUCACGAAUUAUGCGUGCAAAGGAAGAUGAUGAGUUUGAUGAAAUCAUGCUUACACUGAAGUCGCUUGGACCUAGCGCUUUGGAUUUGGAAAUCCGACUGUUGGCUCCAUCUUUGGAGGAAGAGGAAGCUGUCAGUUCGGCGGUUACGGAGGAAUUCACGGCUACACUCCAUUGUGCAACACAUGAGCGACUUCAGGGCUUCCUGCGCCUACUGAUAAACCGAUUCGAGCGCAACUUGGAUGUAGAUCUUGCUUGUGUCUGUCUGGAGAGCGUCUUGCAUCGGCACGGAGAUCUUAUACUCAACACUGUUUGCACGACAAACACCCAAGUGGCAGAUAAGUCAUCCGAAAUUGAUGGUCAAAUUGACGCUAUUCUGAGCUGCGAACAACAUUCAGAUGAUUUUCUUUCUCACCCGACUCUGCAGCUCAUUUCUCGCGCGGUCGAGGCAAAGGAGAAGACUAGCACUCUCUUCACUCGACGUUUGACCCGAUCCAUUUGUCUGGUUGAUUUCAUUCGGAACCCAACAACAACGUUACAAUUUUGAACAACCUGUGAACCUGUGUAAAUAUACAUGCCUGACUGCU